CGUUACACAAGCGUCAAUCACGCCACCCUAGUAUCCCCCACUCCCCCCCUCCCCUCCCUCCUCUUGCGCACUCUAACGACUAUCCCUGCCUCGUCGCACACACCAAGCGGGGAGCUGCUCGUGAUCCGCGCCAUAGCUCCUAACCCUAUUUAUUACACUCGCGACCUCUCUAGCCCAUAACUUUUGCUACCUCUCCAUCCCUCACCCCCAUUCUCGACAGAGCCUUCGCCGUCAGCUCGCACCUAGCUAAGGGCCAUAGGUGCCUAGCUACGAAACCAGCACCGUUGUUAAACCCUUAGCCAUGCUCCUUACUACAGUUUCCCCACACCACGCACGCUGAUUCCCCUCAAAUUCAGGUGCGCAUAUCUCCUCCUCUCACGUCACACAUAGCUCCCCUCUUUGCACUACGGUUCCUCCCUCUCUUUUGCUCGCCGUCCCCCACUCUCCUUGCCCUACGUCCCCCCUUCCUCUGCUCGCCGUCUCCUCCCCUCCUGCCAUCCUUUCUCCCCCCUGUGCAUCCCCCCUCCCCUUGCCCUCCGUUUUCCCCCACCCCUUUGUUCACCCCUGUUCUCCUUACUUCCCUCCGUUUCCCACUUUUCUUCCACUCCGUUUUCCCCUCCCCCUCCCCCACCCCGCUGUCGCUCCCCUUCGCCACCAUUGCCCGUUCUCAUCCCCUCAUUUUCCCACAUCUUCCUCUCUUCCCCUCGGUUUCCCUCUCUCCGCGCCCUUGUUCUGCCCCCCUUAUCCCUCGUUUCGGUCUUCCCUGCCCUACGUUUCCCCCCACUCUGCCCUAGGUUUCCCCCAGCUCUCCCCUGCGUUUCUCCCAACUUCCCCCCCACUCUGCCCUACUUUCCUCCCACUCUGUCAUACGUUCCCCCACUCUGCCCAACGGGUCUUCCCGCUCUGCCUUACGGUUCUCCCCAGAGCGGGACUUCCCCCCCUAUGUGGGCUCACCGUCCCCCUCUGUAUGAGCUCACCUUCCCUCUCUGUCUGAACUCACCUUCCCCUCCCAGCCAGAGCUCACCCUGCCCCCCAGUCUGAGCCCCCCUUCCCCCCCAAAACAGAGCUCACCUGCCCCAGCCUGUCUGAGCCCCCCUUCCCCCCACACCAGAGCGGGACUUCCCCCCCUGACUGAGCUCACCUCCCCCUCCCAACCAGGUCUCAUCUUCCCCCCUGUCUAAGCCCACCUCCCCCCCCACACCAGAGCGGGACUUCCCCCCCCCUGUCUGAGCUCACCUUCCCCCCCUGACUGAGCUCACCUCCCCCUCCCAACCAGGUCUCAUCUUCCCGCCUGUCUGAGCCCACCUCCUCCCCCACACCAGAGCAGGACUUCCUUCCCCCCCUGACUGAGCUCACCUUCCCCUCCCAACCAGGUCUCAUCUUCCCCCCUGUCUGAGCCCACCUCCCCCCCCACACCAGAGCAGAAUUUCCUCCCUGUCUGAGCUCACCUUCCCCCCUGUCUGAGCUCACCUUCCCCCCCUGACUGAGCUCACCUCCCCCUCCCAACCAGGUCUCAUCUUCCCCCCUGUCUGAGCUCCCAUCCCUCCCUGUCUGACCCCACCUUCCUCCCCACCUUCUUCCCCAGGGAGUGAGUGAGGCAUGAGAGCAGGGAGGGAGUGAGGCAUGAGAGCAGGGAGGGAGUGAGGCAUGAGAGCAGGGAGGGAGUGAGGCAUGAGUGCAGGGAGGGCGAGAGGCAUGAGAGCAGGGAGGGCGUUCAUCUGAUUUUUUAGAAAACUUCUGAAAAUCAGACAAACUGACAAAUUUCGUCUGCAAUCGAUGGCCCUCGAGAGAGGCUGGGGAGGGAGAAAGUACGUCAGCUCAUUGGUGGAUGAGAUGAGAUAGCUCGUGAGAGUCUUUUUGUCUCCUUGCAUGACUAUGUCUAAAUAGGCGCCCCGCUGUCCCAAUAUUGGGGUGUUGCCUGUGUGUCAUGCGGAAUGAUGAAUUAGGGCAUGGCGCACCCAGUCACGUGGAAGAACUGGAUCGUUUAGCCCUCACUGAAGGUGAGAACUCAAGUGCUACAGGUUUAGCCCUCACUGGAAGCGAGGAUUGAAGUGUUACACGGUGUCUGAUUGCUUGUUGCUUGCAUGCUUUUCAAUCCCUCAGACAAUGUGCUACAUUC